GGAGGCGGCGCCAAGAAUCAAAGAGUCAAGUACUAUUUGUUCAAGUUCGUCGAAACGGUUUUCCAAAAUACAGUAUCUCCGCCUAUAGUCUAUUUGGACCAGAACCCGGAAACCCCGAAUGAGGAAGAGGAAUGAAGGAAUCGCGAUAUCACACAUUCCAAACUGACGGCACCAAUAGGUUCAGGAUAGUCUGCGACCCCUUCGGCCUGCACCAAUCUAUGUCCCAGCCUCAUACACAAUCCCUCCGCUAUCUGGACUGUGGCGCGCAUACCUAUGACUUUCUGGACCUUUUCAUGCCAAGUCAAGGACAAUGGCAGUUUCGGCUUUCUGCUCCAGAGAAUCAAAGUUCUGAGCAUGAGCAUCUGGUCUUUGAGAGACUUAUGGUUGACGGAGGGCGUGAGUUGUGGACGACAUACGACAAGAUCAAGCUCAAUGUAUUUUUCAGCCGAUCGACAUCGACAUUUUUAGUAAGACCUGAUCGGCAACUCGACAACUUACACCUUGGUCUUGGCUUGACCCCAGACGGUAUUUUUGUUGCUUGUACGGCGGAAACUGAGAGAGCUUGGGUCGACGAGGUCAAGCGUCGGACGGAUGCCAUAUGGGCGGAGAAAACUAGGAAUCCGCCAAAUUACAACACAACAGGUGCCAGACUUGUUGAGUUCAGCUCAGAUAGUGAGGCCUAGGGUUGUGGGAGGUCUGGAAUUGUAAACGGAAUGUGACGUAGUUCAUUUAGAUUGUAGAACACAAAAUUCC